AAUCAGCAUAUUGCCUCCCUGACCGUUUUCCUCCCAUCGCCAACUCCAAAUGGCCGUUCCCAGUCCCCCGCCAUGGGCGCCCCCACAUGAGCUCGUCUCCCGCCAUCCUGCCCUCCACCACCUCCUCUUCUGCAACUCCAUGCCGCACUUCCUCCAGAUCCACGCUCUCUCAAUCACCACCGGCUCCGCCUCCGACAACCUCGCCGCCUCCCGCAUCCUCUCCAACCCCGCCCUCUCUCCCUCUGGUUCCCUCCCCUACAUUCGCCGCCUCUUCCUCACAACCCACAAAGCCGAGGCCUUUAUGGCCAAUAUCCUCCUCCGCGCCUACGCUUCCCUUCCGAAUACCAUUCCCGCGCUCUCCUUCUUUGUGGAAAGCCUAGAGUCCUCCCGCCUCCACCACCCCGACGCCACCACCCUUGCUCUCAUCCUUAAGGCCUCCGCCGAUGCUGGUGAUCUUUCCUUCGGCAAAAUGGUUCACGCGAUGGCGCUAAAGCUCGCCCAGGCAUCGGAUGUCUCAGUUCAGAAUUUUUUGGUUCGGAUAUACGCUUCUUUUCGGUUAAUAGAAUCUGCAAAGUUGGUUUUUGAUAGUAUUUCCAACUCCAACGAUGCGUCAAGGAAUAUAAUGCUCGGAGCUUAUUUGAAAUGCGGUCUUCUUGAUGACGCCCGACAGGUGUUCGAUGAUAUGCCUGGCAAAGGCGUUAUCUCUUGGAGUGUCAUGAUUAAUGGUCUUUUUCAGAAUAAUCGUUUCAGUGAAGCGUUGGAACUUUUCAAUAAGAUGUUGAUGGAGAAGAUGGAGCCAAACGAGAGUAUUUAUGUGAACGUUUUCUCUAUCUGUGCUCAUCUCGGCGCCAUUGAGCAAGGAAAAGAACUCAAUGACAUGGAGCGCCAUGAUCACCGGGUUGGCCAUCAAUUGCCGUGGAGAGGAUUCACUCAAGCUUUUUCAAUGAUGGAGCUUUCUGGAAUUUUGCCGAACGAAGUAACCUUCAUUGGGGUGCUGAAUGCCUGUAGCCAUUCGAAGCUCGUCGAUGAAGGAGUGAAGUAUUUCAAAUCAAUGGUGAAGGUUUAUAACAUUCAGCCAGACGUUCACCAUUACUGUUGCUUGGUUGAUCUCUAUGGCAGAGCAGGAAUGUUGGCUGAAGCUGAGGAAGUGAUCAAGAACAUGCCGAUGGAGCCAAACAGUGCAGUCUGGGGAUCACUGCUCAAUGCUUGCAGAAUUCAUAGAAAUGCAUUCUUAGGAGAGAGUUGGGAAGAAAUUGCUCGAGUUGGAGCCCGAGAACAGCGGGCGCUACUUUCUGCUAUCGAACAUCUAUGCCGGCAGAGGAAUGUGGGAAAAAGUUGCAGAGGUGAGGAGAAUUAUGAAGGAAAGGAAGGUGGAGAAGACACCUGGGAGUAGUUUUAUUGACAUAAAGGGUGAGGUUCAUGAAUUCAUGGCUGGAGAUGGUUCCCACCGUCGAAAAACAGAGGUUUAUGGGAAGCUUGAGGAGAUGAAGAGGGAGUUGAAGCUGGCAGGGUACAAGCCAAAGAUCAAACAAGUGGUGAUUGAUAUGGAAGAGGAGGAGAAGGAGAGUUCUCUUUAUCAUCAUAGUGAGAAGCUGGCUCUUGCGUUUGGUUUGAUUGGAUGUGAGAGAGGGACGACGCUUAGGAUCAUGAAGAACCUUCGUGUGUGUAAAGAUUGUCAUUUGGUGAUGAAGAUGAUAUCCAAGAUUUAUGGAAGGGAGAUUGUACUUAGAGAUCGGUGUCGGUUUCAUCAUUUUGGAGAUGGUGUUUGUUCUUGUAAUGACUACUGGUGACUGAUAUGAUAUCCUUCCUGUCUUAGGGAGGAGGAAUUAUUCUGUGCGGACGUAGGAUUACUUAGAGACGAAUCAGAAUGCGUUAUGUCAUCCAGACA